AUGGUCAAUUCAGGCCUCAUGUUCCUCUCCUUCAUCAUCUCAAUUCAUGCCUGGAUGAUUGUGGCUGCUGCGCUGUUCACUCUCAGUAUUGGUCUCGAAAUAUGGUUCUCGACUCUGCAGACACGGCGCAAUCUGACACCUAUAUGGAAUAGACAGAGCACUUUCGUGCAAAGCAUGCUACAAUUCAAGUUCAAAUGCUGCGGCUACGACGAUACGAAUGUGUUCAUACAAGACGGAACGUGUCCGAAUGUGGCUGAUGCUACGAGGCAUGGCGGCUGUAUUGGCCCUUUCUCGGUGUUUGCAAACAAGUUCUUGGAUGUGGUGUUUACGACUUUCUUUGGAUUCGUGGCUGUGGAUAUGCUGGUCUUGUUGAGUGUACUAUGUGUCAUCAAGGAGCGCAAGGAGCAAAUACGAUAUCAACUCAUUGAUGAGAAAUCAAGAGUCUCGAUAUAG